AUGAACUAUUUUCGUUCACUCUUCCUCCUAUUGAUGUUAAGUGCUCUACUAACAGCUUCACAGUUCUGUGCUUCCGAUGGCACUGAUAAUCCACCCGUAUGGAAUGAUUCUGAUGUUUGUGAAGAAGAUGCUUUCAAGAAUCUUGGUACUCCACCCCUUAUGAAUGCAUCUACUGGCACUAACUUUGUAAAACAUGAUUGUAGCAUAGCUGUCAUCCUCGAUUUGGACAAAAGGUUAACCAGUGAAGAGAAUUACGGGAAUGUUCUUUUAUUUAUUAAGGGUAUGGUCAAUACGUGUAUGAAUCGAGGCAUAGGUUAUCGAUCUUAUUUUUAUUCCAUGUUUAAUGAGAAUGGAGUUCAAACGAUAUGUUGUGAGGAGAAAGCUUGUAGCUUUCAAAUUGCUUUUAUGGCAUACGAUGAUUAUGUAGGAACUUAUGAUUCGAUCAAUCCUAUCCAGGUUGAUCCUACUGAUGGAAACUUCACUUACGCCUUGUUAGGAGAUCUUAAAGUCUUUGCUUCUAAAGAUACUAAAUGCUUGUAUAACAACGUUGUUCUUCUCACUCAACGGAUAUUUCAAUAUCAGGAUGGUUUACCUGCGGACAUUGUCCAAGUUGUCGAUUUUGGUUGCAUCACAUUCACCAUCAUAGCUGUCGGAAACCCCGAUAUCACAACUGACUUGCUGACUACACAUUAUCAUAAUCUGACGGAUAAUCUCUAUGUCGUGCCAGAUUUCAACUGUUUACCGAAUUUAGAUGAUUGCAUAAAGCCAUGUAGUCCACGAACUACUGCUGAAUGCCUUUCACGAGAGCUAAGCAACUGUCCCGCACCAACAAGUUCGACUUAUCCUAGCACCAUAGUAUCAACCACACUGACACCCACUACUGAGAUGAACAAUGAAUUUGUGGAGUAUUCCCAUUUCAUCUACCUGUUUGCUCUCUCAAAUCGUACAACUCCAGGGCAGUUCGACAACGCCGUCAACUACGUUCUGGAACCACUCAAACAAUGCUUGAACGAUAAAGCAAAGAUUCUGGUUCGCUUUUUGGCCCGUAAUAACUCUGACUCGCUCUGGUUGGAGAAUUACAAUGAUAUAAGAAAUCACUUGGAAGCACUGAGAAGCGAUGAGGUGCUUUUGGAUGCAUCUAGAGCCAUUGAUGUGUAUGAGAAUACUACUCUCGCAUUAGUUAAAAGAGGUACUAGUAUCCCCAUUAACCAAGAUCAGAAGAUAGGAGAGCCACGCCUAACCCUCCUAACAGAUUUUGCUUCUCAGAAUUUCAUUGAUGCCUAUCAUACGGAUGAUGGGCUCAUCAGAGCUCUUGGUCGAUUCGAUUUUGAAAUCUACUGCUACGAUUCGUUAGCGGCAGAGAUUUACAAGAAUGAAACUCUCAAUCCAGCUCACGUUCAUUCGGAUCCAGACUUCAGUACGAACAAAAAUGAACUGGUUUCGAUCUGCCCGAACAAGAAAAAAAGCAGUAUUCCAACAAUUAUGAUAAUCGUUGUUGGAGCUACAGUUGUGAUAAUGCUUCUUCUGAUUGUUGUAACGAUUCUCUAUCGUCGCAAGUACAUUUGGAUGGAGCGAAUUCAUAAGUUUCGCUCGAAUCUUCCCAAUUCAGAAUCAAACGAAAACUCUGAAGAGCCUAUAAUUGAUUAUUACGAAUUGUCAGAAGAUAAGGUGAUUGUAAAGAAUGAACUUGCCGGUAGAGGAGCCCAAGGAAGUGUCAAUAUAGCCAAACUGAUUGGAUCAUCUCCGGCGAUUGAGAAGUAUCUGCCGAAUGAACGAGAUAACUACACAGACAUCGAUUGUGUGGUCAAGAUGGUACAACCAUCAUCCAAAGAAGCUUUUCUGAGAGAAAUUAACAUAAUGAAACAUAUUGGAUAUCACGAUCAUAUCGUAAGAAUGCUAGGAUGUGUGACAACCUCAAAAUAUUGUCAAUUGGUUCUUGAGUUUUGUAACGACAAAGACCUUCUUCGCUUAUUGGAAAGAAAAAAGAAGGAAAUUGAGAAUAAUAAAUGGUUCGACGACGAGUUGGAUUUCUGUAAUAAACAGUUGCUACCGUUAGCUCAUCAAGUUGCUCAGGGAAUGGAUUUUUUGGGUAGGAAGAAAGUAGUUCAUCGUGAUUUAGCAGCUCGCAACAUUCUGAUUCAUAGUGUCGGUAGUAUCUUAACAGCCAAGAUUAGUGACUUUGGUUUGGCUCUCAUUUUGGAAACAGAUCAUGUGAUUGCUUCCAAUGAUGUGAAAGUUCCUAUUAAGUGGACAGCUGUGGAAGCUUUAGUUAGAGGCGAAUUUUCUCUCCGGUCAGAUGUUUGGUCUUUCGGUAUGUUACUGUACGAAAUGUAUUCCAUGGGGAAACCUCCUUUUGCUGAUGUGGAUCUUGGAAAUGUUACAAAUCAUGUAAAAGAUGGAAACCGUCCUUCAAAGCCUUUGUUGGCUUCAGAUCGAAUGGGAGAACUCAUGAUCAAAUGUUGGGAAGAGAAUCCUGCUGAUCGUCCGACCUUCCGCGAUUUGGAAACACAACUAGCUAUUCAAUUGGAGCAGUCAGCUGAAGGAUAUGGGUAUCUUGCAUUAGUUAAAUCAGAUGAGCACUAUCGGAUUUUACCAAAUCGUGAGGCACCCAUCGCUCCAUCAAUUAGAGAACGUGAAAUGCCAACAUACUAUUGUGAUGAUCCUACAACAUCUAACUUCACUCAACAAAUCUCCAUAGAUGGUAAUCCACACGUGGAUCCACUAGCUUUCCGGCGGAAACGUAGUCAGAGUCAACUAACACUGAAAGUGGAUGCUUUGGAAGUUCCCGGUAAUCCAUCAGUAGGAGGUAGCAGCUUCCGAUCUGCUUUCCCAAGAAGGAAAUCUCAAAUCUCUUCUUUCAAUCCAUUUAAAAUUAUUAGGAAUCUAACGAAAACCUCAAACGGUAGACGUGGUUCCGAGCCAUAA